AUGGAGUAUGAAAAGAUUAUAGACAUCUUCAUAGCAGUUGAUCUCUCAAGUAACAAGUUCAGGGGUAAGAUUCCAGAAUCCAUUCAAAGCCUUGGUGGUCUUCGGCUACUCAACCUUUCAAAUAAUGAGCUUUCUGGUGUCAUCCCAUCCUUUAUGGGAAACCUGACACUUCUCGAGUCAUUGGAUCUUUCUAGAAACAAGCUUUCAGGAAAAAUGCCUCGAGAGUUGACACAACUGAAUUUCCUCGCGUUCUUAAAUGUCUCGUACAACAACCUUACUGGGCACAUACCACAAGGUCCACAGUUCAAUACCUUUCUGAAUACUUCUUACACGGGAAAUUUAGCAUUAUGUGGAGACCCUCUAUCGAAGAAAUGUGAGAAUUCAGAAGCAUCAAAGCCUCCAGCACUUUCCCUCCACGAGGAUACUGAUUCGAACUUCCCAAAUAGAGUUGAUUGGGUUGUUAUACUUUCAGGAGUUGGGAGUGGGCUAGUGAUUGGGCUACUUAUUGGCAACCAUCUGACAUAA